CAAUGGGCUUAUGAUACCUUCUGUCCCGUCACUUCUUCUCAAGAUCUGUAUACUUGGUUCUUCUGUGCGAUAUAAUCAUCGCUCAAGUUUUUUCAUUUCCUCCUCCAGUAAACGUAGGAUGCGAUAACAUUUCUGCCAGAAACCAGUACUUCAAAUAAUAAGAAGGUAAAAGAAAGGAUGGCAACCAUGAAACUGGGCUCCAAGGCUGAAAUCUUCCAGCUGGAAGGCCAAACGUGGAAAUGUACCACUGAGCUUGUAAGUGAUGUUAUCGUCGAAGUGGGAGAAAUGUCCUUUCACCUCCAUAAGUUCCCAUUGCUUAAUAGGAGUGGGCUUUUGCAAAAAAUGAUUAGUGAAUGUCAUGGUGAGGAUGGAAAAGCCUGUGUCUUGCAGCUUCAUGACAUUCCUGGUGGUGCCAAGGCUUUCGAGCUUAUAGCAAAAUUUUGCUAUGAUGUAAAGAUAGAGAUGAAUGCUCUCAAUGUGGUCUGUCUGCACUGUGCUGCUGAGUACCUAUGCAUGACUGAAGAUUGUGUAGGUGGGAAUCUUAUUUUACAAACAGAGCACUUCCUUAAUGAAGUCUUUAAUAGUUGGAAAGAUUCAAUCAAAGCUCUGGAAUCGUGCGAGAGUGUUCUUUCCUAUGCAGAAGAGCUUCACACAGUCUCAAGGUGCAUCAACACACUGGCAUCUAAAGCUUGUGCUGACCCAAAUCUUUUUGGCUGGUCCAUGGCUGGACGCACCUCCAUGAAGAGCCCAGGAGGCAGUGCUCUGUGGAAUGGAAUAGUUGCUGAAGAGACACCAAGAUCCACUGGUGCUGAUUGGUGGUAUGAAGAUGCUUCUUUCCUCAGUCUGCCUUUAUUCAAGAGGCUUAUUUUGGCUGUGGAAGCUAAAGGCAUGAAACCAGAAAAUAUUGCUGGGGCACUCAUGUUUUAUGCAAGGAGGUUCCUGCCAUGCCUGAGUAGGAACUCAAGCUUCCGCGAUGGCACUACACGUAUCACUCCUGGUGCUUCAAUUUCAGCACCAUCAGAAAGCGAUCAGAGGGUCUUCCUUGAAGAGAUUGUUGGACUGCUACCUAUGAAAAAGGGAGUUACCUCAACAAAAUUUCUACUUGGUAUGCUUCGUACCUCAAUGAUCUUGCAUGCAAGUCCUUCAUCUAGGGAAAAUUUAGAGAAAAGGAUAGGAGCCCAAUUGGAUGAAGCUGCAUUGGAAGACCUUUUGAUACCAAACUUGGGGUACUCAGUUGAAACUCUUUAUGAUAUAGAUUGUGUCCAGCGAAUCCUUGACCACUUCAUGUUAACAGACCAAUCAAUUCUUGCAACCUCACCUGGUAUUGUGGAUGAGGGGCAAGUGAUGACCUCUUCCCCUUCAUUGACACCAAUGACCAUGGUGGCAAAACUUAUUGAUGGUUAUCUGGCUGAAGUUGCAACAGAUGUUAAUUUGAAACUGCCCAAGUUCCAGUCACUGGCAGCUGUCAUUCCUGAUUAUGCCAGGCCUUUAGAUGAUGGCAUCUACCGUGCUAUUGAUAUAUAUCUUAAGUCCCACCCAUGGCUCUCAGAGUCUGAACGUGAGCAGCUUUGCCGGCUCAUGAACUGCCAGAAGCUCUCCUUGGAAGCCUGCACCCAUGCAGCCCAAAAUGAAAGGCUACCCCUUAGGGUGGUUGUUCAAGUCCUCUUCUUUGAGCAGCUUCGUCUACGUACCUCAAUUGCUGGCUGGUUCUUUGUCUCCGACAACUUGGAGAACUCCCAUGCCCCUAAUGGGAACAUCAUGCUUCCAAAGAACAAUCAUGAAACAAUCCGGACCGAAAUCACUCAGGACCAAAAGGAGAAUGACCAUCAAGUGGGUGUCGAGGACAUGAGGUUGCGAGUUUCAGAGCUUGAGAAGGAAUGUUUAAGCAUGAAGCAGGAAAUUGAGAAGCUUGGGAAGCCAAAGAGUGGAUGGAACAUUUUCUCAAAGAAGUUUGGAUUCGGGGUGAAGUCACAACCCACAUUGCAUGCCAAAUGAGUCCUUAUGAUUAUGCUUGGUUGUAGAGAUAGGAAUUAGUUAGUUGAUUGAAUGAAACUUGAUACAUUCGCCUUUUAGGAUCUUAUGUUUAUUGAUUUUAGUAUGGAUAGCUACUGACUGUUGAUAACAUUCAUUGUAACUAUGGGUAGAGGAUAAGCUGUAAUUUAUUGAUAUGGAGUAGCUUAUUUGUAUUUCUUUUUCAA